ACCCCAUUCUUUCCUCCCUGUUACAGUUCUUCCACAUUCUGUCAACCUGAAGGACCAGCGUAACCUGAGCUAGCCUGUCAGUCACAAAUCAAACCAUGAGACGUCUGACAAAGGGUUGUUGUAUAACAUGCUGUGCUAUUCUGGAAAACUUGAGGCUUUUCUCUGAGCCAUGUAUUUCUUAUUUAAGAUUACAAAGUACUUGUAUUGAAAAAAAAUGUUGCAAUAACAUAGUUCUAUUCACAUAUAAAUAAAAUACCUUGAAUGGCAUAUAAAUAGUACAGUGAGAAACUGUGAACUUGUAAUAUUGCACUUACUCUGUAGGGCACUUCAGUGAAACAGAAGACUGAAGCUGUCGGGUAGGUUUUCAGCGGCUGCUUGGUGUCCCUGCUGCCCACUGAGAACCAGUUGAUGAUGCUGCUUGCUCUACGUGAAGUGCAGGAGCGGAGUGCGUGAACUGAAUGCAAAUUUCCUGAGCUGGGGCAUGCAUAUACUUACAGUACAAAGCAGGGUAAGAGUAGAAAAGUUGGUAUGGAGUGACUUCUCCCUGGGACUGAUAAUCCAGUAGGAAAUCACUACCGGCAGUAAAUUUCAGAAGCCAAAAGGUAGAAUAGAUUGUACCUGACAUAGGACCUAGGGUAAGCUUUGCUUUGGAGUCAUUAGCUGCGUAGUAGAUACCUCGCAGUGAAAAGAAGAGAGGGUACAAAACCUGAAACAAACUCUUGAAACCAAAGUAACUUCUACCCAGCCUCCUUAUGCUUUUAGCAUGUGAUUAGGCUUCUGUUUGAUAACCCUGAAGAAUUUGAAAUUAAUCCUCAGUGUAGAGAGCUCUUACUAUGUGUUUAUAUUGAUUACAGAACAAAGCAUUCUUAAAUUUACUUGCAGGUGAAACAAGUGAGCUCAAAAUCCUGAGGGGUACUUAAAGAGCCAGGUCAAACAGAUUUUUAACCGAAGUUAGUGAUUGCAUGCUAUUUUGUCUAUUGCAUGCACCUGGAUGUUAAAUACCUGUGACCUAUGACCACCAGGUACAGAACUUUCCUGUGGUGGUAGCAGGCUGCUCUCUCUUAACUCGUUAGGUUUGCCAGUGAGUGCAAUGGCUUGACAGUUGUUUGAAUUUUGGAAGAUAUGCAGUUCAUAGCUGAACCUGUGAGCACAGAAGGUGAUCAUCCCUGAGGCAAGGAUGAACAGAGGGGACAAUGAUUCUGUCAAAAUUCUUCUGUCAGACCGGAGGGCUUGGAUAAUCAUUUUAUGAACCAAUUUCCUGAGAGCUGAACACCCUUUAUGCUUUGUAUCUUCUCCUGACUUCACCUUUCUGGAGCUAUGCACAGAGGCUGCAGUAUUGGUCCAAGCAGUCCUGUCUGAAGGUGAAGCAGCUGAAGAUGUUGAUGCUGAAGGAUGAUAACCACAAACAGAAAUACCAGCUCUCAGCCCUUCAGGAGAGGCCAUCUUCCUUUAAGGAUCAGAGCCUGCCUAGACUCAGCUGUGGUUGCCUACUGACAGAUUUAUGUGUAAGCGUAUGUAUAUAGAAGACUGAGGUGUUUCAGAUACCGAGUGUACUAGCACCCUCUCCUGAGAUGGCUCAAGGAUGGUUAUCUGCAAAUGGAGCAGAAGCAGCUCUGAGGUUGCUGCCUCCUAGAAGUACAGCUUCAGCUGCUUGCUGUUGCCACUUAUCUUUUGCCAGAAGCAGCUCAGCGCAUUCAAGCGCUGCCAAGCUCCUGGAGAAGAGCCCAUUCUCCGUCGGCACCCCGAGCCCUCUGCUCCCCUCGCCGGCCAGCCUGCAGCUGGCCCAGCUCCAGGCGCAGCUCACGCUGCACCGGCUGAAGUUGGCUCAGACCGCCGUCACCAACAACCCGGCCGCCGCCACCGUCCUCAACCAGGUGCUCUCCAAAGUGGCCAUGUCCCAGCCACUCUUCAACCAGCUGAGGCACCCCUCCGUGAUGAACGCCCCGCCGGGACACACAGCCGGGGGCCCUCCGCCGGGGCCCGGUAUCGCUAGUGCGAGGUUCCCCUCUGGCGGCAUCGCCUUCCCUGCACAGAGCCCGGCCUUGGCCACGCCGGGGGGCGGCCUGGGGCCCGUGCAGGCCCAGGCCCCCAACACCAUCGUCAUGAGUCCCUUCGGAGGCGUCAUGGCUCCCACCUCUGGCCAGCAGCCCGUGGUCGUGGGUCUCAACAAGGCGGGACCCUCUGCUGCAGCAGCUGCAGCAGCGGGGGGGUUUUAUGAGUACAACAAGCAAAAUGUCGCCGCCCCACAAGCCUACACCUCGGAGGGGGAUCCGCCUGGCCAGCAUGGCUUCCCCUCGGCAGCAGGGGCUCGCUAUGAGGUGCCCUUCAGCGCUGCUGGCCCGCUGAAGCACGAGGCGCCGGCGGGGUUCCAGAAGGAGGCCUUCGGGGCGACGCCGUCCUUCCCCAGCGACGCGCACACCAGUGCUCAUCCAAAGGGAGAUCCCGGCCCCAUCUUGCAUGGCACUGGUGCAAGCAACCAGUGGGAAAAUAUCCCUAAUUUCUCCGGCCAAAACAAGCCUGACCUCCUGCCCAGCGACAGCAUGUGGCCAUCAGCAAGCCAGCAGCCGUAUGAAAUAAGAAACGAGCUGUACAACCCCGAAGAACCGACACCUGACACAAAGUUUAGCGCGGCCGCGGCCCCGGCGUUCGGCAGGCUCAACAAUAGCAAGCAGAGUUUCGGCAGCCCCCGGGUGAGGCAGAAUGAGGAGCUGAGCACCGGCGCACCCGAGCUGCCCAUGCGGCCGCUGCAGCCCCACGAGCUGAACGACUUCCACGGCGCGGCCCCCCUCCAUUUCCCCCAUGUCUGCGCCCUCUGUGACAAGAAGACCUUUGAUCUGAAGGACUGGGAUCAGCACAUUAAGGGAAGUCUUCACAUCCAAAAAUGUAUGGCUUUUUCAGAUAACACUGGUAUCCGGUGUGUGUUAAAUUCAGCAGAUGGAACAUUGCAUUUAUCACCAAAUAAUGCAGCAGUUUUCAAUCCAUCUAGUAUUGAAGAUUAUCCUCCAAAUGUCGGCUCAUCUUUUAUCACAACGUCAGCAAGAUCCUUUGGCCAGCCAGGUCCUACAUUUUCUUCUCUUCCAUCAGGGGUAAGAUUUCCCCAGAGAAAAUCUACAUUGGGUCGAGUUGUUCACAUCUGCAACCUCCCCGAGGGAAGCUGCACAGAGAAUGAUGUCAUUAACCUGGGCCUUCCAUUUGGGAAGGUCACCAACUAUAUCCUCAUGAAAUCCACUAAUCAGGCCUUUCUGGAAAUGGCUUACAGUGAAGCAGCACAAGCCAUGGUGCAGUACUACAAAGAAAAACCUGCUAUGAUAAAUGAUGACAAGUUACUUAUUAGGAUGUCUAAAAGAUACAAGGAAUUGCAGCUGAAGAAACCAGGUAAGAACGUGGCUGCUAUCAUCCAGGACAUCCACUCGCAGAGGGAGAGAGACCUGCUGCGUGAGGCAGACAGCAGGUAUGGCACGGAGAGGCCCCGCUCUCGCAGCCCCAUAAGCCGUUCCUUGUCACCCCGAUCCCACACUCCCAGCUUUACUUCCUGCAGUUCACCCCACAGCCCGAUGGGGACCAGCAGGACCGACUGGGGAAAUGGAAGAGAGUCGUGGGAUCAGUCCCCGUAUUCCCGACGGGACGAGGAAAGAGACAGCAGAGAAUGGCGAGAGAAUGGGGAUGAGAAGAGGGAUAGGACUGACACGUGGGUACACGAGAGGAAACAUUAUUCCCGACAGCUGGACAAGUUUGAUUUGGAUGAACGGAUUGAAGGAGGCAGAGGGCACAGAGAAAAAUAUUUAAGGAGUGGUUCUCCUGGCUCUCUUCACCUUAUAUCUGGCUACAAGAGUAGGGAAGAUGACUAUUACCGAAAAGCCUCUAAGUCAAAAUCUGACAAGUUUCAGAGGCAGCUGCAGGAGUUGCCUGGCAGAUCUAAGAGAAAGGAAGAGGCAAAGUUAAGGGAACGCAGGCAUUCUUACAGUGAGGACGCUGCUAGGGAGGAGAUGGCUGAACAGAAGCAUAGCAAAGCCUCUGAGGGCUCCAGGCAGAAACAAAGCGAGAAGAAUAAAGUGAAGAAAGCAGAAAAAGACCAAGAAGAAGAUGCUGCUGCUGAAGGCAGUGACUUGAAGGAAACCAAACCCGCGGAGAAUAAGCUUGGAAAAGAGGAGCAAAGUCCAGAGAAGAGCUCGCCUUCAGCUAAUAAACAAAGAAGAGAAUCUGGAGAGAUUCUGGAAAACGCAAGAAAAGAGAAGGACCAAGACUGGGAGAGUGGAAGUGAGAUAGAAGGCGAGACCUGGUAUCCUGCUAACAUGGAGGAAUUAGUGACAGUAGAUGAAGUGGGAGAAGAUGAUUUAAUUAUGGAGCCUGAUAUAACCGAGCUUGAAGAAAUUGUACCAGUUGAUCAAAAAAGUAAAACUGCUUCAGAAAUGUAUCCCUGUAUGACAACCAUGUUAGAACUGAAAAAUGAUCAUGGCCACUUAACCAGGAGUGAAGACAAAUUGGCCCAUAAAGCUUUAGAAACAAACUUCAGAUCAGCAAAGGGUAGUGUAGCUUCUAGCAUCUGUCAGGAUGAAGAGGAAGAGGAUGACAAUGAUGAUGCUGUAACUGAAGCAUCAAGCCUAAAUCUGGACCCUGAGCAGAAGCCAGAGGAGUCGCAAGAAGACCAACCUGCUAAGGAUCAGCAGCAGAAGGAAGAAAAAAAUGAUAAAACCUCUGACACUCAUUUAGAACCUGAAGAUCACCAUAUACCUUCUGUUCAUCUGAAAGAAGAGGGUCUCCAGCUCCCGGAUACAUUUAUAGAUGAUUACAAACAGAUGGAAUCACAAGGAUCUGAGAGCAGAGAAGUUAUGGAAAUGCUUGUUAAAAAUGCUAGUGAAGAAACAAGACAUGGAAGCCAAGAGUGUCCAGAGGCAAAUUCUAGGUACCUGGAAAUGAGAUCUCUCGAGUACCCAGAAGUAGAGCCUAGAAGAAGGCACUCUCCGCCAGGCUGGGAACAGGAGGACGUCUUCACCGAACUCAGCAUUCCCCUGGGUGUGGAAUUCGUGGUGCCUAGGACUGGCUUUUACUGCAAGCUCUGUGGACUCUUUUACACAAAUGAAGAGACAGCAAAGACAAAUCACUGCAGAAGUACCGUUCACUACAAAAAUCUCCAGAAAUAUCUAUCACAGCUUGCAGAAGAGAGCCUGAAAAUGAAGGAAGAAGGCAGCCAUCUGCUUCAGGAUGACACUGGAAUUGUUCCUCACUUUGCAAAGAAAAAAUUAUGAUGCGGAUGAACUGGAAGAGCUAUAAUGAGUGAAUGCUGAUACUUUUUUUCUUUUUUUUUAAAUUUCUCUGAUAUAACUGUCAAUUUGCACUGUACAGAGGAGGGGAAAUAAAGAGCAUGUUCCAUGCAUCUAUGCCCAGAGUGCCAUUAAAAACCAAAAUGCCUGAAACUGUUUCCCAUGGUGAAGCAAAACUGGCAUAUCUGUUACAAGUGGAGCAAUUCUUUCUCACACUCUGCAUGCUGGGAGUGGUUUCCUAGAUUAAAUCAGAAUUCUCAGGGAUUCUUCAAGUUUUAAUUCUGAUGUGACACAUCAGGUCAGGCGGAGUAUUUAGAAGCACUCAGCAUCCUCCAGUGGAUGCUGGAAGGAAAGGAGACGUGACUAUAAAUAGGCUUUAAUGUUGCUUAAAAUAUCUUCAGCCAUUUUACUCGUUAACCCAGUGAGCAGGAUUUGUAUAGGAUAUCUAAAGCCAUUGUGCUAAAACUAAUCCGUAGAUGGCAUAAUGUAAACCCCAUCAGCAUCCAUCUCCGUGUGUCUUAGAGCUUGCUGAAGUGAUAGGUAUUUGUGUUGUUAAGCACUGACUGUGUUGUAUGAAUGCAGAGGGAGCCGCAGUCUCUGCCCAGGGACCUUAGAGCCUGAACCCAGCACAGCGAGAGCAGUUCAAAUGUGCGUGCUGACAGCUAACCUGCUCGGGUUUUCAGCAUUUUCCAUGGUGUGAUCAGGAUGUUCUCCAGGUACUGUUGUGUUUGAGACUCUUCUUUUUGAUAAUUCUAAAGGGUGCCAACUUCGAGUCUUGCAGACUUGAAACUCUCACAAAAGGAUUUUUGAAGUGCUGUGUGUUUGGACCACGUCACUUUUAGACAUUUUAUUCAAUGACUUUUAGGGUCUUUCUGUUUUCUUUCAAACCUGCUUUUCCUCAGCUUGGCAAUGUUGAAUGUUCCUGGUUUUCAUGGAGAGAUGCCAGACUUUUAAUAUUGUUUUUGUAUUUUAUUUCCCUGAAUUUUUAAGGUGAAUACAACAACUGAUGGCUCACAGUGCUGUGCUGAGAACACAGGAUGCACCAGCAGCUCUGAAAUUAUUAUGAGCUAUUGUUUCUGCACAGUUGUUGCUUAGUAUUUUGCAAAGUCCCUUUGAAAUGCACUGUACGAGUUUCUGGUUCAUUUCAAUGGGGCUUUGUGUUGUAAAGUGAAUACGUAUGCAAACCAUUGCCAGAAUUGAUCCCAGAGUUAUGCUUUUAUAAAAUGCACCACGCAAUUUAGACAGAUGCGGAUUUGCAGGCGUGUUUCUGUUCUUUGCCUUACUCUAAUAUUCACCACGGUACGUUCUGUAACAGUUGCUGGUGCUAGAUAUCCUGUUGAGAUGUUGCGCAGAGGAAACAGUUUCCCAGAAGGUUCCUACCAUCCCUAAGAAUGUUGCAAAAUAUUGCAGAGUGGCCAAAUUGCCAAAACUGCUUCCACCAAAGUAUUUGUUCCAUUAUUUCUUGUGCCAGUAGUCAUGUUCGCUUUCUGAAGUGCCCUGUGGCCAGGCAAGGUGUCUGAGAGGUGCCUGUCAUUAUCGCCUGAAGCCCUCUUCCAUUUCAUGGCCUGUGCUUUCUGUUGUUUUUACCAGAGGUGGAUUCAGAUGUCAUAUUAGGAAUUCCUGUUUCUUACAAGUUGAGGGAUUCUUUGCAUCCCACAUUCAGAUGUGGCCUAUCUGAAAGAAGAGGGGAAAUGAAAAGCAUUGCAGCAUAAAUCCUCCUUUGUCCAUACUUCAAGUAUUUUAAGAUUUGGGUCCAUCUGUCAUUUAAAACAGCUCUUUUGUUUUCCCCUAUGUUAAAAAAUAAAUAAAAUUGCAAACAAGGUAUUUUUCCUUCAAGGGCUGGGCUUUGCCUUUGACUGUUUGUUUUUCACAUUGCAGUGAAAUUUGAGCACAGGGCUGUUAGGGCAAGAGCUUAUAUAGCAAGCUAUAAGAUUACGAAAACGGCAGUAAAGAUUGUGCAACCGUCUCCUAAAGCACAGCUCUCAAGCUGGUCAUGUAUCAUCUGAAUAUGAAGUUCCCUUCAUGCCCUUCAGCACAAUCUGAGCACAAGGGAAGGAAAUCACUCCAAAUGCAAGCAUCAAAUCUUUGAAGCUAACCCUGCUAUCAAACUGGGGCUCUCACCGGCCUAAUGGGAGCUUAUUAGACCAUGUGGUUAAGCUUAAUUGGAUGUGAGACGUAGCUGACUCUAUAUCAAAGCCAUGUGCCUCCAGCAACUUUAUCCCCAGGUAACCUCAAAUGAGAAAAGUAUCACUGUUAUUAUUCUUUGUUUGUAUUGCAGUAGAAGCUACAGGUCCACUGCCUUUAUUAUGGGCACAACACAAAUCCACAACAAAGACUUUCCCAGGCCAGAAAGCUUUAAAUCAGACCUUCAGAAAACAGACGGCAGGUGGAUACAGGCAGACAGGGAAAGCAAUGGGCAACGAUGAGCUUUUGACUGGCAGCAGCAGAAUUACUAAAAUGAGUGUUUGCCCAGGGGUUAUCUUGGGAUUUACAGGAGGUAGCUCAAACUACUUCCCCCCUCCUCUGAUUCUGAAUCAGGCUCACUCCCAUUAUUCAUAGCUUGCAUAUUUAACCUCCUCCUUUCUCCUAGCCAGCUGCAUUAGGCACGCAGAAUUCCUUCCUGAGAGAGCGGCGCUCAGUAUCCCUCAAUGCCUGACUGAGAUGUGCUCGCUUACGUUUCAGUCCCUGUUUAGGGCUUCAGAAGCUGGAAUCCUGACCAAGGCUCACCAGAUACCUGCUUUGGGUCGUGGUCUAGGCGCUUGUUUGCAGCUGCAGAAGGAGGAGGCUCCAGAGGCAAGAUGGGAUCCCUGCCCUAUGUGACCUAACCCAGGCGUUUGUAGAGGUGGUUUGGCUGCCCCAUUCCUCGGGGCUCUGUCCUGACACAGCAGCAGUCUGUAAUAUCCAGGGUACAGCCAAAUGUUUCUCUUCUCAGUUUCCCUUCUGAGAAAGUCCUCUUUCUCCCUAGAAUGCAACGCUUUAAAGCAGUUAAAAGCAACCCCAAGUCUCAACUAAUGCCUAGCGACCCCAGUGAUCAAUUUUCAGCCUGAUUUGCUUUGAGAUCCCAGAGAUAAUCUCCUUCCCUCUCCAAGAGGCCAUCACGCAAUGCUGGCAGGCACUCAGCUCCUCAACUUCUCUCUACUACCUAUUCUGCUGAGGAAGAAGGACACUGUAGGCAGACGCUUUCCUUUCUCAGCGUGUGUAAAAAUGUGUUGUUUCUUUUGGUUUCUUAUAUUUAAAAUCUUUACUAUUUUUUAGUUGGCAUAAUUCAUCAUCACUAUAAUCCACGCUGUUUAUUAAUACAUAUAUAUACGUAUAUAUAUAUAUAUAUAUAUAUAGCACAAAGCAGGCUCAGGUCUAGCCAAAAAACUAUUGAUAUUUAAAAAAGAGCUUCCUUAAUAUAUACAAACCAUUUCAACACAUCUCAACCAAAGAUUGCACUUUUUGAAUAGGGACUAUGCUUUUCAUCUUUGUGAAAUCUGUAUUGAUCUCAAAUAGUCUUUAAUAUCAAUCUGCAAUUUACUUUUUUGAAGUAAAACGUAAAAUAAAUAAACAUUUGCCCCGUAAGAUUAGACAGUUUCAUAUUGGCUUUAACACUAAAUUAGUGUUAGGCUGGUUAUAUUCAGGGUUUUUCUAUUCUCUAAGGAUUAAGGCUGUGAUUUAUUGAAUUAUACUUGAACUGGACCAGAUGUAUUAUUUAUUGAGCUUAUAUAAUCUUGUUAAUUUAAGUUUUGGCUUGUAAACAGUUGGAAUUUGUUAGUACUUGUUUAAUUAUGUAGGAACUGUCACCAAUAUUAACUAAUCUGUGUAACUGAUUGCAAAGUGUUUCAAUUUGUGUUUCUUAAAAAGAAAGAUUUUAAUAAAGAGAAUUAAAAGCAUAAGCAGUGGUGGGCAAUUGUCCCAGCAAUGACAUGCUUCUAGCUUCCCAGGGGAUCUAUUAAGAACCAAAAUGAAUAAAAGAUAGUUUGGGAGGUAAGAUGAAAGCAGGAGGCCAAAAUGUUUGCUUUCCAAUAUAAUUACUGGAAGUUGUGUACUAGUACCAGGUAGUUCCUGCCACACAGAUUGUGGGUGACUGCAGUCAUCUGGUGCUGAAGGUGAAGUGAACACAUCUUGGUCUUUCACUCUGUAACUGUUAUUGUUACUACUGCUUUUGCCUCUCUAGAUCUAUCUUCACUUCUCUUUUUAUUUCCAAAUGA